AUGCCUAUUAAAGUUUUACGGACUAUCCAACAUCGCGCUCGUUUUUCGCCGUCUAGCGUGAUGGAGGAGUACGCCAGAGAACCUUGUCCUUUCCGAAUAAUCAGCGAUUGCGGUGCAGCUUUUGCGAUGGGGACCAUAGGUGGUGGCCUUAUUCACGCCUACAAGGGCUAUCGGAACGCUCCAACGGGGAGAUUUCGCAAGCUCUCUUCUGCGCUUGCUCAGAGUCGCAUAAAAGCGCCUCUUCUGGGCGGCGCUUUUGCCGUAUGGGGUGGUAUGUUCACUGCCGUAGAUUGCACUCUAGUAUUCGUGCGCAAGAAGGAGGAUCCUUGGAAUUCAAUCACCAGCGGGGCCAUCACGGGCGCUGUCCUCGCUGUUCGUCAUGGGCCCGCCGCAAUGGCUGGACAGGCUGUCAUUGGUGGGAUAAUUCUCGCUAUCAUUGAAGGACUUGGAAUCAUGAUGAGCCGUUUCGCUCCCAUGCUUAUGCAACAACCAGACAUGCCGGAGGAACAAUCCCCACUCUCUGAAGGAGGCAGGGGUAGAGGUUUUCUGAGCGACCUCUUCUCUGGCGGCACUGACGCCUCCGAGCUGGGCAUCAAUCAGCCUACAGUUCCUGGCUCGUCGCCGGCCAGUCAACCUUCAACUAGCGGGCGGUUCAUGUUCCAGUAG